AUGGCUCAAACCCGCGUACCGCACUUUCAAGAUCCGAAUGGUUCUCCGAUACUUUCCUCCAUCCCGUUUUCUAAAACCUCCACACUUUCUUUCCUUUGAGAAGGAGGGAAGCGAUGGGCACGGCGUCGGAUGCCACGGAACAGCCGGGCCUCAGCGAGCCCACCCCCGACCAAGUCCAGGCCUUGCUAGAGGCUGCUAGAUAUGAUGAUGUUGAAGAUGUGGUAAGCUUAUAUUCCAUGGGUGUUUCUCUUAACUCCAGAGAUUCUCAAGGACGAACAGCUCUUCAUAUGGCUGCUGCUAAUGGGCAUCUAGACAUUGUGGAGUAUCUCAUAAAUAAUGGAGUGGAUGUUAAUGCAGCUAACUCGGAAAAGAAUACUCCCCUUCAUUGGGCCUGCCUUAAUGGUCAUAUUGAGGUGAUCAAGACUUUGAUCCAUAGAGGAGCUAGCGUAAGUGUUCUGAACAGCCAUGAGCGGACUCCAAUGGAUGAAGCAGUGAGUGGAGGAAAGAUGGAGGUGGUUGAUGCAAUCAAUGCUGCUGUAGCCCAAGCUGAACUUAAUGGUGUUAGUGUUUCUUAACAAAGUGAGCUAUGCUUUUGUCUUUCACUUUUUAAAAGGAUUGCUUGCGUUACGGCCGAUGAGUCUGUUUACAUGAACCCAAGAUGCUUUUUCCAUCAGAUAUCAUCGUCAAAUCCACAGUCGACAGCCAUACAUUAGUACACUGAAAAGAAAUUGAUAUGUAUGGUAAACUAGUCAAGGAACUUGUAUGUGUGAUAUAAGAAGUUUGAUUAGCCCAUUUCCUUUGGAAGAUCACUAUGAUGCAGUCUGCAAUAAAAUUUAUCGGUUCUGCAGGUU